CUUGCUGACGUAGAUGGCGUCCAUUUUCAAGAAUAAGGAUGGCGACUUGCAUGGCUCCCGCGACUCUGGGAGCUCUCGUUCUCCUCACUGGUCUUCAAUUUUCAUCUGCUCUGUUUGAAGAUCAGAUAGGAAAGUUCGAUUGGAGACAUCAGUAUGUUGGGAGCGUCAAGUUUUCCGCCUUUGAGCAGAGCAAGCAUAGACGUCAGCUCUACGUAGCUACCGAGUCCAAUGUCCUUGCUAGCAUCAAUCUAGCCGGUCAGCUGAACUGGAGGCACAUAUUUCAGAGUGGUCACUCGGGGGUCAUCAAUUCCAUGCUGUAUUCCUCUGCUGAUGCUGGUAUUAUUACACUAUCUGGCGGAGGAAGGCUUCUCCGUUUGUGGAAUGCGACCACCGGCUACCUGAAAUGGGAAUCCCCUGUUACCCCGGAAACGGAUGGCCUCAGCAGCACUGAAGCUAAAGCUAUCCAAGUCAACAGUGAAUCCAAGAAUGUCAUUGUAGCUGUCAAGAACCAUGUCUUCAGUUAUGCCUUCAAGUCUGGGCGUAGAGCUUGGAUGUAUGCCGAUCAGGACAGCGAGACAUUAAGCUUCCAGUGGAUACACUACAGCAAAGAAGACCCUGAUUCUCCCAUAUACGUCAUAGGUGUGGUCGAAGGCUCUCAUUUUGUUAUCACGGCACUGGAUGCACAAAGUGGAGAUCUUAUUAGUCAGACUCCUAUCUCGGCUGUGUGGGCAAGCAAAGCCCCCAACUGUGUUGUCAUCUCCGGCGGCCAUUUUGUUUGUUCGGAGCCUUCCUCUAGUACCCUACAGUAUGUAACCAUUGGUGAGCAGGGGAGCUUCUCAGCAACAUCUCCAGCUGGACUUGGGCUGGUGCAGCUUUCCGAGCAGCAACUCGCCAUCGAUGAACUCUUCCCGUCGGCAUCGGGACCUCCUGUAUUCGUCCUUCGGCUAGGCAGCAACCAUCAUGCAUUGCUGGAGGUCAAGGGUCAAAGUAUCAUCCUCGAUAAAGACCUUCCCAAGGUAACAGCUGUCAGUGGUAACAUAGUAGGAGAGAGAUAUGUUGUCACCACGGCUAGUAGCAACAAUGAGGUGAUUGAGUUACGUUCCUCAUACUUUGAAGGAGAAGAUGAAGAGCUUUACAGCAAUGACAUCGUUCUGCCAGGCAGUCAUGGUAUAGCAGAUCAGAUAUGUGUCGAUCUGUAUGAACUCAGAGAUAAGAAAAUAAAUGGGAGAGUCUUGAUUAAGACCACAGAUGAAGCAAUUUCAUUGGUUGUUGGCUCUGAGAAAGAGGUGCUUUGGUUGAGGGAUGAGUCGUUAGCCACUGCUGUCUCAAUCGAGCUGGUAGAUCUACCCGUCUCAGACACUGAAGCUAGGUUUGAAGAUGAGUUUGGAGGCAAGCAAGGAGAGAAUAUCUUUAACAUGUUCGCCAAGAGGCUAACAACACAGUUUACCCAGUUUCAGGCCUAUGCAGCACACCUGAAGAAGAAAUUAGAGAACCUCCACGACUCUCAUCAUGGAGAUCAUAAAGUUGAUGCUGCCAUCACCCAUGCCAGUCAGAGAUUACUCGAAAAGGACAAUGAGGGAGAGGAAGAUGACGAUGAUUAUCUCAUCAGGGAUGAAUUCAACCUUCACAAAGUUAUCGUGAUCGCCACAAAGUCUGGCAAGAUUUUCGGUCUUGAUUCCAAUGAGGGAACCAUAGUGUGGGACCAUUUCCUACCUGACCUAGCACCAUUUGAAAGCUCAGGCAAGCUCUCCAUGCCCCUGUUUGUACAGAGAACCACAGCUCACUUCCCCAACCCUCCUCAAUGCAACCUAGUUGGACAAAGCAAGACUACAGGUCAGGCCAUGUCAUUCACCUUCAACCCCAUUACCGGUAAACCUACGUCUGACAGCAGUACACUCGGCACAGAGCUACCUUACAAGGUCAAGCAGGUCACCAUGCUUAAUCUCAUGACAGAUCACUUCCUGAAGGUCAUGCUUUAUCUUGACACUGACUACAAUGUACAUGUUGUCCCGUCAUCAGCCACCUCAUUGGUCAAGGAACAUUCCUCUAGCAUAUAUCUCUUCACUGCCGAUUCAGAUUCAGGCAAACUCGCAGGAUACAGACUCACAUCCAGCCAAGAGGUCACGACCUCUGACCUUGCAGCCGAGGUGGUGUGGGAUGUUCAGCUCCCAACGGCUCUCCAAAAGAUCACCCAUGUGGUGGGGAGAAGAAAUAUUGAACAUGUACACUCCCAAGGUCGAGUGCUUGGAGAUCGAUCUGUUCUUUAUAAGUAUCUCAAUCCAAACCUGGUUGCUGUUGUCACAGAGGGAGAAGAAAUAGGAAGCAAACCUCACAUCAGCAUUUACCUUAUUGACGUGAUCACUGGGGCCAUCAUCUUUAGUGCAGAUCAUAAGAAAGUUCAAGGUCCAGUUCAUAUUGUGCACACUGAAAACUGGGUUGUGUAUCAAUAUUGGAAUCAGAGAUUGCGAAGAAAUGAAAUCACAGUUCUAGAAUUGUUUGAAGGAAAAGAACAGAAAAAUAGUACUCUGUUUUCAUCUCUGGACCCACCCAACUUGCCACUGGUAGAAAGGCAGUCCUAUGUGCUGCCCUCUGGUGUUCAAGCUUUGUCAGCUACGUAUACGGAAAAGGGCAUUACUGCAAGGCACCUUCUGAUGUCCCUCUCAUCCGGAGGCCUCCUGUCCUUCCCUAAGCGGUUCCUGGACCCUCGUCGUCCCAUAGAACUAAAACCAGAGCACAAAGAGGAGGGGCUAAUUCCCUACCUACCAGAACUGCCCAUAGCCCAUCAAUCUAUGGUCAACUAUAAUCAAUCGAUAUUUGGAGUAGCGGGUAUACAAACAGCACCAGCUGGUCUAGAAUCUACAUGUUUAGUUCUUACAUAUGGAUUAGAUUAUUACUUCACCCGGGUGAUGCCUUCAAAUCUGUUUGACGUCUUGAAAGAAGACUUCGAUUACAUGUUCAUCCUGACUGUUUUAAUAGGCCUGGUCGUAGCAGCUCUUACCACCAGGCGAUUAGCGUCUCUCAAAGCCCUUAGACAAGCUUGGAGAUAACCUUAGCUUUUCAAAUGUAGUUUCACUCGCCCGUAUUCUCAAGUCUGGUUUAUCUUAGUCCAUGGUCUAAGACUGUACCUAAAUUAUGGAACGCCAAAAAUGUUCAAACUGUGUGCACAUUUCUUAUGUUUAAUGUGUUCUUUCCUAGUACUUCAGUGGUAAAGAAAAUUAUUUUAGGUAUAAUUUCCAAACAGUCAUUGUUGGUUUGACUAGUGUCAAAUUUGCUGAUGAAUUGAGUCUCUACUGUUAAAAGAUUUAUGACGUUUGGCUGUCCAGAGUUAAAUCAUUACUGUAGACCAUAGUUUAAAUCAAAAGUGAGUUCAGAAUACGGGCCAUUAGGUUUGAGGUUAUAGAAUUAACUAGUGUCAAUACUCAUCCGGCAUGUUUCUACAGAGAAUCGUUAAACGAUAUAACCAGAAUCGUUAGUAUCCAGAAUGCCAGAAAACUUCCCUGUAGAAACAGAGGCGAUGCUGUUUAUUGAUAAACCGCAUUGCGCAAAAUACGGUUUCUCAUACCCACCUCUGGGAGGUGGUUAUUGCUAUUUUAAUCCGUUUAACUUUUCUGUAGAAACGCACGGCAAAAAGCGUAUCAUGUCUGGCGGAAGUGCAUUUUCGCAGUAUAUUUGCACGUUUUGGCCUUUUCGAUCUCGCCAGCUGACAUACCCCAAUGCAUUUCGAGGUCAUAGGUUGAAAUUUUCAAUUGACGCGGUAUUUGCGAUGCGGUAUGUGAGUUAAUCGGAUUAUUCACUCUGUAGAAACAGGUUGGUUUGAGACCAAUCCCGUUUUUCGAUUCUCUGUAGAUACAGGCCGAUUGAGACAAAAUGGCCUGUAAUGUGAAGUCAGGUUUAACUUGACAAUGGUCUAUAUCAGUGUUAAAUUGUGAGAAGCUAAAUGUGCUGAAAUUGUAUUAAUAUUAUACUUUUGUCAUAUUUAUUGUUUUCAUUUGCAAGUUUAAAUGGUGACAAAAAAUAUUUUAGUUACCAUUCCCAGACAGUCAUUUAUGGUUUGAGUGCCAAAGGUGCUGAUAAAUUGAGUCUGUACUGUUAUGAGAUUGGUGUUACGUUUGGCUGUCUGUAGCUAAACCAUAACUUUAGACCAGUGUUUGAAUUAAACCCGAGUUUAGAAUACGGGCCAGUAGGUUUGAGGUUGUAAUAAAACUUUUAUGUGUACUCACAGAAUUCAGAAUAUGAUUUGUAGUAUGCUAUUGCCGUUGGUUUUUCUUAUGAUAAUUAAUGUUUAGUCAAAAGUCGAUUUAAUACACUAUUUGGCUAUUAGAAAUUAACUAUCAUGAAAAUAGGUGAAACUGAAUAAAUUCUGAUAUGAUUAUUCUAAUAGAUUCUGAUAAAAAAUAAAUUCUAAUAUGAUUACUGUGUAUUGAUUUCAUGUUACAAUCAUUGUCAACAAGUCCAACUUUUAGAUUUUUUUUUUCAGGAAAUUCACAGAAGUGUAGUCGACAAGGAUUUUGUAAAAUCUGUUUCUUAUUUAUGAAAUUGAACAGAGAGAAGGGGUAGAAAAUAAUUAUUUUGUAGAGAAUUGUAAUUGUCCUAGAUGUAUGACAAAAUAAAAUUCAGUCAAUAUUAUUAUUGAUUGUACAACUGGUAAUUGAUAUUUGACAAUUGAUUAUUCCCAAGUCCGUUGCAAACCAUGUACAAAAAUGCAAUCAAUGGCAAAUAUAUUGAUUAUAUCUCUUUAGUAGUGUAACAGAUCCUAGGACCACUCAAUGGUAUGACCGAUUCAAAUUGAUCUUAUUCAGAAAUCACAAACAUACAGUGAUUACAAGUUAAUAGUUGUUUAUACAUAAAGGCCACCGCGCACCUUACGACCCGAGACAGGUCUACGACUGGUCUGCGACCGAGUGAUGGGAGAUAAAUCGUAAGGUAGUCAUAAGCCUCAACACUGCACACCUUGUGAUCCGACUACCAUGCUGUCUGCAACUCACGCAUGCGCUUUUUGCCAAAGUAACUGCGUAUGCGCGUUGCAUGUCAUGUACGCGUCGGUAGUUAAAUGCGACCCUGCUGUCUGAUUGGGGGGAACUUGGAUUGAGCUUGUGAUUCAGUUGUAAGGAAUUGACAUGUCAUAUCCUUACGAUUUUCCUCGGAUCUCUGAACAGUCUGCGACUCAAGCUGACAAGCUAUGAUGUCACAUUUCCCUUCACUUAGUCGCAGACCAGUCGUAGACCGGACUGAUCGUAAGGUGUGCAGUGGCCUUUAGUGUGUUCCUUAUUUGUGAUCGAUAUAGAUCAUGACGUUCAUAAUGAAAUAAUCUUACUGUAUAUCCGUAUGAAGGUUAUACAUGUUCAUGCAUUUCCUACUUCUGUUUAUUCCAACCAAAUUGUAGUUUCUAAUAGUAAUGAUAAUAGUAUUAGAUAACAGGUCAAAUCCUGAACGUCCUGAAAUAUGGUCAAGAGAAUAUACUUCAGGCAAGAAAUAAGGACAAAUAAAAAUAAGAAGCAUUCAAUAGGCAGGUCUUAAAAUUCAAAUCGAUAGAGCGGUCGCAUAUAUAAAUAGGUAAAUUAGUUUUAGUGUAUGUGUCACUAGCAAAAUUCGUAAAUUCGUGUCAAUUCUGUGUUCUGAAUUUGAAUUGAUCUUUUUCCAUUCACUAGUAUCUGUUUUGCAAGAAAAUGACAAUGAACUGCAAGUCAAUUUCAGGUCCUUAAAUCAAUCGCAUGUCUUGCUGUAAUUGUUUACAAAAUUAAAACUAAUUGCUGGUCUGGAUUUUUUUCUUACAUGAGAAAGUAAUAAAUACUUUGCUAGUUUGCUUUAAUUGUAAUUGAUCUUUCAAAUGCAAAUUUAAUUUAAAUUGUCAAUCAAUUGCGAUAGACACUUGCAAUUGAUUUUAAAGAGGUUUGUUUCAACUCCCUCUCAUUGUAGAUAUACAUGUAUGUGUGGGUAAAUAUUGUUAUUGUAAUUUUCUUCUACCAUGUAUAGGUGAAAUUUGAAGAAUUCUUUGAAUGAAAUGUGGCAAUAAUGAUAUCAUGGAUAUGUAUAUUUGGUAACAAUAUGUGGUGUCCUUAAACAAUGUGAUAUGUGUAUCUCACAGAGUAUGUUGUGUUAAGAGCACUAAUGUGUUCAUUGAAUGUAAAUGUCCGUUUUUCUAUGAUUGGUGCAAAAAAUAGUAUACAGUAAGCGAGUGUAUUUUAUGCAAGAAAUUUGACCUCAUCAUCAUUAACCAAUAGGAAUAAUGAUUUAGUCCAACACCAGAUGGGCUAAUUUCCAUUUGGUCUACACAUCUCUCGGCCUAAUACCUACUUAGUCUUAUUCUCAUGUAUAUAUUUCAAAGCCCAGUUGGUCUAAUUUCCACUUCAGUAUAUAUUUGAAAUUCGAUUCAUAACGAGCUCAUCUAACCAUAUAGACUAAAUGGUGCUAGACCAAGUGGAGACAAAAUGGGUGUGGUCUACUGGAAUGAAUGGGUUAUAUGGUAAUUAGACCAAAUGGUCUGUAGACCAGGGCCCCGUCUUUCAAAGAGUUACGAUUGAUCCAAUCAAUCGUAACUAUGGAAAUCCAUCAGUGUCAUAAUUUUUUCUACAGGAAAUUUGCAAAAUGUCCUUUGUAAACAAGGGAGAUCACACCAGAUUGUCAAGAAAUCAAUGAAUUUAUUGAUAUACAUUCAUAUCUAGAAUUUUUUUUAACAUAAACAUGCAUUUUAUGUUGACUUUGCUGGCUUUCCAUAGUUGCGAUUGAUCGGAUCAAUCAUAACUCUUUGUAAGACGGCCCAGCUGGUUGUAGACGACCCAGGAUUACCGGGUUAGACCAUGGGGGAUGAGACCAAAUGGAAGGUAGACCAAAUGGUAGUAUAAUGAGAAGCAGGGCCCAUUUGCAUGAAACUUGCCACCUGAUCAUGACCUUAUCAUUGUUCAUUACUAUGGCAACAUCACCCUACAACCAAUCAAAUUAAGGUUUCAGUAGAAGUUACAACAGUAUUAAUGACAGAGUUACACUCCUUGUUAAUUGAUAUUGCUCUGAUUAAAUGUAAGUGAUACAUUCUUAUGAAAUAAAGUAUGCACAAAUGUAAAUUAA